AUGAGUGUAAUUGGUUUUAAAUUAAAGAUGUCUUGGUUGUUGAAACAUUGCAUAUCUGCCUCUGUUUUGGCGGGGUGCAUGGUGAGUGGCGUGAUUCUCGACAUAGAAUCAGAUGUUCUACCUGAUGGUGUGGAGGUCUUUUACGGAACCUUCCCGAAUGGCGGCAUAUACAGAUUCAUACGAGGCACUGAUGAAAUGAUAACGGAGUCAACAUACAGCGGUAGUAGUAUGUACUGUUUCCUGUCAAGGAUGGAACAUUUGGCUUACUCUCAUGUGGAGGAUUUUCGUCGCGGUGAGGAGCACUAUGUACGUUAUUAUAUAGGGAGAAAACUUAACGGGCGCGUUAUAAUUCGUAGCAACAAUGAAAAGCGUUUGGGUUGGGCAGUAAAUCCCCAAACGACGUCAGAGUUGGAAACUUUUAUUAGUGGUUGGGUUUUGCUACCAGUUGAUGCGACAGGGGAAUUGCCUCAACAUCCUUUGAUACAUACCACUCGUGCACAUUCCACUAACGGUUCAGUCACGUAUAGAGUGAAAACCCAAUUCCCCACAAAUACUGGUUUAACUGUUAAAAUACGUACAAGGAUAUACAAAUUAGGUGAAAUACAUGUAUCUCAUAUUAAUGAUAUUUCACUUGGAUGUACAUCUAUAUUUCGCAUAGCAUGUGAUUAUUUCAAGAUGUACAUGGAUGACGAAUACUAUCAUAUUGUCACAGACACAACAGAUAUCCAGGUUGAUGUGACUGAUAUGCUGGAAAGGAAUGUAUCCGAUGCAUGUAUUACGUCCCCGACGUCGAGCGGUCCAUUGGGUUAUAAGGGAUCUGAAGGCGGCGCUCCAUCAUUCGACUUGACGUCACCGGAAGUGUCCGAUGCAAAUGGCCUGAUAGAAGUAAAUGAGGCUACACCUGGUGCAGCGCAUAUGGCUACGCGUUCGAUUUACGUGUUGGUACCAACGCAACUCGGUUAUGAACCUCGUUUUGAAGAGUACGCCACGUACGACCCAUCAAGCAACACUGUUACUUACGACAUAGACUUCCUGACUACGCAUUAUGCGCCGCAAUGCGAAGGUAAGAGACGCACAACUAUUUGGUUGAGGGCAGUGCGUGCCGUCGUACGGUCAGACAGCACUUGUGUGUUCUUCUGCGCUGCCAGUACGGAUGCGCCAAUUGAUUCUCGUGAUGACGCCCAGUCCACCGAAUCUGUGUCAACAAGCACUGAUGAUGCAAAUGACUUAGUCGAUAUGGACAAUUUCAUCGAACAGAUGACGACGCCUGGAAUGGAUACCAUAAGUGAUCUCUUGAACGCAUCGGAUGUCGUAAAUGAUGAUGUAGAUGCCGGAGGUGCCAUUAACCACUUGUAUUCGAUAAUAGAUGUACUGACUACCAAGCUAGACGAGGUUGUACCGAACUGGAUGGAUGAUGUGGCAGCAAUGGAUUCUAGCGAGGUCGAAGACUCAUGCGUCGAAAGCGGCGCAUCAACUUCUUUCAUGCCUCAUACACAAAUCAGCGAGGCAACAGAUUCCCAAGACGCCGCCACCUCACAAAAUGCGACAAUGGAACAUAACGUCACAGGCGUAGGGGACCAAUCAUCUGAAUUGGCUGGUGCGAUAAGUUCUGGAGGAAAUGCGUGGCUUGACUAUGAAUCGUUGCUCGCCGAUAUCUGUAGUUAUCCCGAAUUUGAUGUCCAUGAACCGAGCCGCAAACGACUUCGCUUAUAA